UUACCUGCUUAAGCGCAAAUUGAGCUGGUGAAAAGGGUUGUCUGCCCAUCUCGAAAGUUUGACUUCCUUCCUGGGGAGAGGGGGGUGUUGACACCCCACAAAGUACCCCCAUCCUCAGUGCAGAGAAGGAACCUAUCACGGUCAGUACCAAUGUUCACUUUCCACUGCACGACUGAUGCUGUUGAACACCAGUCCAAAAAUAUGGGCGGAGGGUGCUGUGGAAAUGCUUCCAGGGUUUACUGAUAUAUUGAAAGCAUCUUGAUUACUUCUUAUUUUUGGAGGAGUGAGUUACAAACUGCGAUACAAUGUAUCAGCAUCAAAAGAUAUGGGUGUAUGCACUUUCUCAGUCUGGUGGACUUCAAGGGUAAAGGACCCAAGAUCAUGAUAGACAAUGCCCAUUGCUGCAGGGUUUACAUGUAGGUACAUGAAUAACAAUAAUAAUAAUAAUAAUAAUAAUUCAUUAAAUGCCUCCCAUCUGACUGGAUUGCAGGACAAGGAUUGCCUGCACAGUGGUGGCUUGGUUUACCACCAUAAGCCGUUCCGGAGCUCCGUUUGUAAACCAAAACAGGUUGUAACACAAGGUGCAUUUUCGCCAAUGGGGCCUCCAAAGUUUUUUGGGUUGUAAUCCCAAAAAAGUUUGCAAACCGGGACACGCACUUCCGGGUUUGACGUGUUUGUAAUCCAAACUGUUUGCAAACCAAGGUACCACUUGUAUUACAAGUAAGGUGUGUCAAAUUCUAGAUACAGUUAGGUAGCCAUAUUGGGCUGCCAAAGUUAAAACAAAAUUUAAAAAAUGCUUCCAGUAGCACCUUAGAGUUCAACUAAGUUUGUUCUUGGUAUGAGCUUUCAUGUGCAUGCACACUGUGUAUCUGAAGAAGUGUGCAUGCACACAAAAGCUCAUAUCAGUAACAAACUUAGUUGGUUUCUAAGGUCCUACUGGAAGGAAUUUUUUUAUUGUUUGUCAACUUGUCAAUCCUGCAAACUGUGAAACAUAGUAAAUUGGUGGGAUUAUAGUUUAUAGGAAUCCUGGAAUUUUGAGCUUUCUUGUCUACAUCAUCGGACUGCUGCCCACAAAAACCAAAGCCCAUUAGCCUUUAAUGGGCCACUAGAUACUUUGUUUGCUCUGCUUCUAAAGAUGAAUAUUUUUGAAUACUUUUAACAAUCACUUAGGACAUCAAUAACACUUAUGUUUUAUUUAUUCCAGUUAGGAGAGACUCUGGUACACCAGUCUGACAUCAGCUGCAUUGAAACAGAAAAACACGGAGGCGUGUCCUGGAGAAAUUGAGAGGUCUGUACUUUACUGUGAGACUGUAUCUUUGUGUGUUUCCUUUCAGCGUGUAGGAACAUAGAAAGAGCCCUUCCAGAUCUGUAGGAUAUUAAGGAAUUGUGGUAUUCUGCUCAUAAUUCACUGACUGCUUGGGUCCAAUAUCAUUUCGCCAAACUGGCCUCUCCACAGAGUUCACACAAACAGCAGCAUUCAGAGCAUAGGAAAGCAAAGCACGAAGAAGAGCUAUAUAUCCACAUGACAUUCCAGACUUCAAGUGGAAUGGCUUAGUCCUGGCCAAUCACAUCUGAAUGGUUGCAAAUAAGCCCAGAGUCCAUAAACAGGCACCAGAGCCCUUGUGAAGGCAAUCCUUAGAGAGAAUCGUUCACUCUCCGUCCUGAAAAAGGCACAAUCCAGAUGGAAAGUGCGAGUGAGCAAACCACAGUCCACAGAAUCUCCUCUGAAAUUCAGUUUCACACCUUCCCAUUUCCAGGAAAACUGUGCAGGUCAAAUGACUUCAUUUCUUUGACCUUGCAGGUGGUGGGCAACUCCCCAAAACUCUCCUCAUUCAGAUAAUGAACAAAGAUAGCGGUCUUUUGAGAUCCACUGGCCCAGUUUUUACACUAAUUCCGAACACAGGAGGCCCCUCUUUUCCAGCAUCCUGUUCCCAGAGUGACCAGCUGUGAUGACUUGUGAAUGCUCUUCGCAAGAAAUGCCUCUGCUCACUCAGAGAUACAUAUAUACAGUCUUUAUAUGUACAAGCAGCACGUUACAAUCAGGCAUCUGAAUCCUCCGGCUCAGAUUCUGGGAGUGACUUAUGCCCGCCCCUCUCCAACAGAAAAGGCGGGGAAGUUUCCCGUGAUGCUUCCGUUCCCUCCUCUUUAACACUCUCCUUUCUUUGGCAGACGGAAUAGGCAUUGUUUCACUGUCUGUGCCAGAACUUCCGGUACGGUGUUGAGGCUCUGGUUCAACAUCUGUGAGCCGUUCCACCUCCUGGCUUUCCCUUCUUUCCUCAGUCUCUACUUCCUGCCCCCUUCCUACCUGUCUCUGCUCCUCCCCUUCAUUCUCUGGCAGUACCAUGACACCAGCCAAGGAGAAACUCACCAGCAGGGCCUGAGGGCAAAAGCUCCCUUCCCAGCCGUGAUUCCCAUCUCCUGGGAUUCAGAUGAAUAAUACCUCUGAAGGUGGAAGGAGAAGAAUGCUGGUUGUUGGGAACUAACUGACUGAAAUAAUUUCAGUUAUAGAAAAUAAAGUGAGAACAGAUAAAAGAGAGAGAAGAGAAAAAAGUUCAAAUAAUACCAUAAUAUUAAAUAUUCUCAUACUGUACAUAUGUUUAUUAGAGAUCUACUAUAUUCUCUAUGAACUUAUUCCACAUGUCAUUCUGUUUAUCCGAACAAAGUCUACGUCUAUAAGCAAUCCAUUCAAGCGUUGUGUUGUCAUAUCAUCAAUCGAUCUGAAGGCAGCUCUGUUUAGGGAAUUUUUCGAUGUUUGAUGUUAUUAUUAUUAUUAUUAUUAUUAAUGAUUUUUAACAUAAACUUUCCAAACAAAACAUCCAUCUUAUCAUCUCUUACACAUCUUGGCUAUUUUUAGCCAGUGACUUACAUCAUUCCCUUCUAAUGAUUUCACCCUAUCUCUCUCUUCUGUUUACAUUUUGUGUCUUUACUACUGUUUAUAUAAUCAAAAUGUUAACAUCCUAUCUUUUAACCUUGAUUAACAAUAUUUCUUAUCUCCAUUUUUCACAAGACUUCUUGUUAUCCUACAAGCGUAUUCAACUGAAUACCAUUGUCCUACAAAUAAUUCACAAAUUUACUCCAGUCCUUCAGGAAUUUUUGGUCCCGCUGUUCUCCAAUUCUCCCGGUCAUCUUAGCUAAUACUCUGUACUCCAUCAAUUGACUGAAAGAAAAAUAACAUUUUUGAUAGCACAAAAUCAUUUUUAUAACUGAUAUCCUUCCCCAAAGUGAUAAUUUCAUCCUUCCCCACACUUCCAAAUCUCUCUUAAUCUUAUUCCAUACCUGGUUGUGGUUGUCUUGAUAUCAAUUUAUAUUUUGGGGGGUUAACAAUAUUCUUAGGUAUUUCACUUUCUUUACCACCCCUAUUUCUGUUUGUUGUUGCAAAUGGUCCACCAUCUUUUUGUUCAAAUUUUUAACAAACUUUUUAUUUUUAUUUACUUGUCUAAACUAUUCACUUUUUCUAGUACUUCCUUCGAACUUGUUAUUGGUUCAAUUGUUAUUACUAAGUCAUCCAUAAAGGCUUUUACUUUAUAUUCUUUCCUUCUGACUGAUAUUCCUUUAAUUCCUUCUGCUAGCCUUUAAUUCAGGAGAAUUCCAGAAGCGAUAUGAAUAACAACGGUGAUAGUGGACACCCUUGUCUUGUCCCUUUUGUAAUUUCAAUAUUUUCUGUUAAUACAUUAUCCACAAUAGGUUUUGCCUUUUGACUUGAAUAUACUGCUUUUAAACUGCUCAUAAACAAUUGACCCAUUUCCAUCAUUUCUAAGUUUUUAAUCAUAAAUUCCCAAAUAUAUUAUCAAAGGCCUUCUCAGCUUCCACAAAUAUUAUGGCUGCCUGCUUUUCAUUCAUGGCCGUCAAGUAUUCAUCCAGUCCUAGUGCUUUUCCUGAUUUUAAGUCUUUUCUUGCUCUCGAAAUUUCUUUCCCUUCUAUUAAUUCAUUCAGUCUGUCCUUUUCUGUGGGAUUUGUUGCAAUCCAUUCUUCUUUAAAAAUUCUUCUAUUUUGACUAUGUUCUCUUUUCCACCUUUUUUAUACAAUUGUCGGUAGAAGUUUACAAAUCAUUUUCUUAUUUCUUUCGGAUUCUCUAGUUCUUUCUCUCCAAUUUUCAUUUUAUUAAUUGUCUUUUGAGAUUUUCUUUUGUUUAUCUGCCAUGCUAGCCAUUUUCCUGGUUUAUUUGCCUAUUCAAAGUUCUUUUGUUUCAUCAUUUUAAUUUUCCAUUCUACUUCCUGAUUCACAAUUGUUGAAAAUUGACUUUGUAAUAUCUUAAUAUUUUGAUUAAUCGUGAUAUCAUUUGGCUUUUUAGCUAGCUUUUUUCAUUUUCCGUUAUCUCAUUUAAAAUUUCCAUCUUUUUCUUUUCUCUGAAUCUUCUAUAUAUUCUAUUCUGUUGAAUAAAGAAUCCUCUCAUGACUGCCUUGCCUGCAUCCCAUCCUUAUGGCGCAGCUGGCCUCAAAAUAAUCCUUUUUUGAGUGUUUUGAGGGGGCUGCGGCACCCUUGCAGACUCCCCCUUUGUCUCGCAAGGAGCUGAACUCUCCCCUAAGGGCUGAGUCCCGUCUCUUCUCAGCUCUGUGGACCAACCGGAAAUCAAUGUUUGCUGUUUUAUCAUGUUUUUAAUAUUUUGUUUGGUGCUGCCCAGAGGACUGGGGAAACCCAGCCGGAUGGCCGGGGUUUGAAUAAUAUAAAUUAUUAUUAUUAUUAUUAAUAAUAAUAUUAAUUAAUUAAUUAAUUAAUUAAUGGGGGACAUAUCUUUAUUCCUCUAAUUUAUCAGUAUCAGUCUUUUGGCCACAUUUAGGAAAUGCAUAAUCCGCUUCUGUAAUCCAAUUGACAGUUUACAUGAAAUUGGUAUAUUAUUCCAAAGGAUAUUUUCCUCUGAAAGUCUUCCCAUUAGAAUUCAGCUUUUUCAGUGUCACACAUAUUUGCUUAGCCACCCACCCAAAAGGAGAAAGGAAAGUGAGAGAGUCCUGGACAGAUAAUUUCCACAAGGAUAGUUGUAUAUCACAAGACGGGCAUGAGAUCAGGUGGUCCAUUCCCUGGCCAUACUUCCUCAGGGAGACAUAGAGAAGAGAGGGGGAAUCUAGGAGAUGCUUUUUUAAAAAAAAGACGGUGGUGUUAAUUAGGCUCACUUUGUGUUAAGUUCCUUUUCCCUCUUCUGUGAAACCCUAAAAUGGUUUUCUUUCCCCCCAAAGGAGAAGGCGAUCCAAAUUCUGAGGAGACAUCUUCAAUUUCAUUGAGAAUAAUGAAGGCAAAGUUAAAAUGUACAUAAUGUUCUUCUGUCAGUGUGCACACUGAGUUUACCAUCAUGAACUCAACAGAAGAGAAACCAUCUAAAGCUAUGCAGUGCAAAAAGAGCUUGAACUGGAGCAAAACUCAUAGGAAACAUCAACAAACUCCCAAGGGAGAGAAACCAAUUAAAUGCAUGGAGUGUGGAAAGAGCUUCAGUCAGCGUGGAGCACUUAGAAUCCAUCAAAGAAUUCACACAAGGGAGAAACCAUUUAAAUGUAUUGAGUGUGGAAAGAGCUUCAGUCAAAGUGGGGACCUUAGAACACAUCAGCGAAUUCACACGGGAGAGAAACCAUUUAAAUGUAUUGAGUGUGGAAAGAGCUUCAGUCAAAGUGGACAGCUUAGGACACAUCAGCGAAUUCACACUGGAGAAAAACCAUUUAAAUGUAUGGAAUGUGGAAAGAGCUUUGGUCGUAGGGACGCCCUUACAAUACAUCAGCGAACUCACACAGGGAUGAAACCAUUUAAAUGUAUGGAAUGUGGAAAGAACUGCAGUCAAAGUGCAAACCUUAGUAAACAUCAGAAAACACACACAGGGGAGAAACCAUUCCACUGUAUGGAGUGUGGAAAGAGCUUCCAUCAAAGUGGGGCCCUUCAAAUACAUCAGCAAACUCACACAGGGAAGAAACCAUUUAAAUGUAUGGAAUGUGGGAAGAGCUUCAGUCAAAGUGGAUACCUCAGAACACAUCAGAAAACUCACACAGGGGAGAAAUCAUUUAAAUGUAUGGAGUGUGGAAAGAGCUUCAGUCAAAGUGGAUACCUUAGGCUGCACCAAAGAACUCACACAGGGGAGAACCCAUAUAACUGUAAAGAGUGUGGAAAGAGCUUCAGUCAAAGUGGAAAUUAUAAAAGCCACCAAAGAACUCACACAGGGGAGAAGCCAUUUAAAUGUAUGGAAUGUGGAAAGAGUUUUCGUCAUAGUGUAACCUUUAGAAUACAUCAGCGAACUCACACAGGGGAGAAACCAUAUAAAUGUAUGGAGUGUGGAAAGAGCUUCACUUCAACCGAAAACCUUAGACUGCACCAAAGAACUCACACAGGGGAGAACCCAUAUAACUGUAUAGAGUGUGGAAAGAGCUUCAGUCAAAGUGGAAAUUAUAAAAGCCACCAAAGAACUCACACAGGGGAGAAACCAUUUAAAUGUAUGGAGUGUGGAAAGAGCUUCCGUAAUGGUGGAACCCUUAGAAGCCAUCUACAGACUCACACAAAGGAGAAACCAUUUAAAUGUAUGGAAUGUGGAAAAGCUUUAGUCAAAGUGGAAACUUUAAGAGACAUCGGCGAACUCACACCAGAGAAUAACCAUUUAAAUGUAAGGAGUGUGGAAUGAGCCUCGGUCAAAGCAGACAUGCUAAAGACACCAGAGAACAUUCACACCGGGGGGGAAGCAUUUAAAUGUGAGGAUUGUGUGUGCAAAGAGCUUUACUGAUUGUGGAGCACAUAGAAAACAUCAACAGCCAUACACCAGCAAGAAAUCAUUUAAAUAUAUGGAAUGUGGAAAGAGCUUCAGUCAGUGUGGAAGGAGCUUCAGUUGGAGUGCAGAUCUUAAUAUACAUCAGCCAUUAGAUGCAUAGAGUAUAUUCGAAGUUCUUGUUAUGUUUGAUCAGCUCCGGCCCAUCUGGAGCUGAUACAGCAGAGUGUAAUCUCUUAGUCCGCAACAAAAGGAUAAGCAGGUAUUGUGCUACAUGCUAAUUUUUAUUUCUAUACCGAGAACACACAAACGUACAUCUUGCCUCUGUGAGAGCAGAGAGCAACACUGUCACCGGAGACCCCCCCCUUCAUUACAUCGUAAUGCACAAGCACCACACACACCUCCCACCUCCCCGAACUGGGUGAUGCCCCUCUAGAAGGGGCAUCACCCCAACGAACGAUAGCCUUCCGUAAAUAAGGAAGCGCUGAUUUCCCAUAGAACUCCUUUAUUUUCUUACAACGUCCCACUUCGCCCUAUCUUUAUCAUGAGUAGACCGGCCGCCUGAACUCCGGGUCAGUCGGCUGCCGUUUCAGCCAAUCAGCGUUACCGAACAGCGCCUCUUAUGGCGGCCACGCUGGUACUGCAGGCAGCAGGCUCUCGCUUCUCUGUCUUUGACAGCCUCCUAAUACAAAGUUUCCGAGUUCAAUUGACCGUGACUGAUUUAAUCAAAAUGUUGCAACCGUUUCCUGAAAAGUGAAAGUGCUUUGAACUUCAACAACAGUAUUCUUCAUAAAUUCACCAUAAAUCAACCAUAUAUCGGAUUUUCACCGGACCACUUUUAUUCUACUCCAUAUCACAAGGACUGUCAAAGGGGGGUGGUUUGAUGCCAGUCAGCCAUAAUCCCUUGACCGAGCAGGCACGUACUCUGCAGCCCUUCCCCAGUUGACACAGCAACCUUGAUAGUCAUCUUGAUGGGCUCAGACGAAGGACUAUCAAAGACACAAUGAACUGCAUACACUAGUGUAUUCAACAAGGACUAUGACAAAGGGAUUGUGACCGGAUUCCCCUCGGGGGCAGGAAACUGCGCCUUUCCCUUUGUUUUCUGAAAAAGACUUAUGGGGAGGAAGGGAGGGGCUCCCGCCAGGUGUCGGGAUACUCGGAUUACCUGUGCGACCCCUCCCCUGACUCCUGUUCUUAAUGUAGUCAUGAUGUAAAUAUGAUGUAUUUCCAGGGGUGUAACUUAGGGGAUUAGGAGCUAAUAAAAGUUGGGGUCUUCUUUUGUUCUGGGCUUCCAUCUUGCUUCACCUCGUGGGCGGUGGGAGUCCUGUCGUGACAGUCUUUUCUUCAAUAAAGACCAAGC